AACAUAAAAUUCUCAACACAAUGACAGACUGUCUUACGAAAGCGAGAGUAGAGUAACUAGUAACGGAUUUCGCUGUUGGAAUUACGCGCGGCUUUCUUAAAUCGAAAAAUGAAAUCCAAAAUAGAUUUGUUGACUGAGCCUGCAUGGAAACAACUGCAAGAAUAUUUCGACAGCAAUGGCUUGAAGAUUAAUAUUUACAAUAUGUUUCAGCAAGAUCCUAAACGUUUCGAAAAAUUUAGUUUAGAACUGCCAACUCUACAAGAUGGGCCAAUUUUAUUGGAUUAUUCCAAGAAUAAAAUUAAUGAAGAAGUACUUGGAUUAUUAUUUAACUUGGCUCGUGCACGAGAUAUAGAAGCUGCAAGGAAUGCGAUGUUUACUGGUGAAAAAAUCAAUUUCACAGAGAAUAGAGCAGUUUUGCAUAUUGCUUUGCGUAAUAGAAGCAAUACACCAAUAUUAGUAGAUGGAAAGGAUGUGAUGCCUGAUGUUAAUUCAGUGUUAGAACACAUGAAAAGUUUUACAAAUGAAGUAUUGACAAAGCAAUGGAAGGGAUUUACUGGUAAACCUAUUGAAGAUGUUGUUAAUAUUGGAAUUGGUGGUUCUGACUUGGGUCCACUUAUGGUAACUGAAGCUUUAAAAGCAUAUAGUAUUGGACCUAGAGUUCAUUUUGUUAGCAAUAUAGAUGGUACUCAUAUCGCUGAAACUCUGAAGAAAUUAAAUCCAGAAACAACUCUGUUCAUAAUAGCUUCCAAGACAUUUACAACACAGGAAACUAUAACAAAUGCAACUACUGCCAAGCAGUGGCUUUUAAAAACAUUGAAAGAUGAAGCUGCAGUGGCUAAUCAUUUUGUAGCAUUAUCUACUAAUGAACAGAAAGUCAAAGAAUUCGGCAUUAAUGUGAAAAAUAUGUUUGGCUUCUGGGACUGGGUUGGUGGACGUUAUUCAUUGUGGUCAGCUAUUGGUUUAUCAAUUUGUUUGUCAAUUGGUUUUGAUAAUUUUGAAAAGCUUUUAAGUGGCGCUCACUUUAUGGAUCAACAUUUUUGUACAGCACCAUUGGAACAGAAUGCUCCUGUCAUAUUAGCUUUACUUGGGAUAUGGUAUCAUAACUUUUAUAAAGCUGAAACACACGCACUGUUACCAUAUGAUCAAUAUCUACAUAGAUUCGCAGCUUACUUUCAACAAGGGGAUAUGGAAAGUAAUGGAAAAUAUGUUACUCAUUCUGGAAAAACUGUAAAUUAUUCUACUGGACCAAUUGUGUGGGGAGAACCAGGCACUAAUGGACAGCAUGCAUUCUAUCAAUUAUUACACCAAGGUACAAGACUUGUACCAGCAGAUUUCAUAAUUCCUGUGCAGUCUCAAAAUCAAAUUGCGCCACAUCAUACAAUUUUACUUGCUAACUUCUUUGCGCAAACUGAAGCUUUAAUGAAAGGCAAAACUGAAAGUGAGGCUCGAGUUGAAUUGGAAAAAUCAGGAUUGAAUACCGAACAAGUGAACGCAUUAUUACCACAUAAAUUGUUUGAAGGAAAUAGACCAACAAACAGCAUUGUCGUUAAAAAACUAACACCUUUCAUUCUUGGUGCUUUGAUUGCAAUGUAUGAACAUAAAAUCUUUGUACAAGGAAUUAUCUGGGAUAUCAAUUCAUAUGAUCAAUGGGGCGUGGAAUUGGGAAAACAGCUAGCUAAAGCUAUUGAACCAGAAUUGACAAGUGUGGAAAACAUCACAACACAUGAUUCAUCAACUAAUGGUUUGAUUGCAUUUGCCAAACGUUAUAAAGCCUAAACUGUACUUUUAGCAAUAUUAUAAUGUUCAAUAUAAGCAAAGUUUAUAUAAA